GAAAGCGUGUUCACUACCUCUCUCGGUUUUUUGGGGUGGGUUUUUGGUUGGAUUGGUUCUUGUGGUUGUUUUCUGGCCAAUUCUCUGGCUUUGUGAUUUGUUAAUUUGUUGUUCUGCUGAGCUAUUGUUCGAGUUGGUGUGUUUCCCUUUCAUUGCUGGAACCAGAUUUCCAGGAACUGUUUUCUCCCAUGGCCUUGAGCACCCAAAGAGCUUCUACAUCUCGUACUUCAGCUGAAUGGGCUCCUCCUCGAUGGAAGCAUGAUGUUUUUCUGAGUUUCAGGGGCGAAGACACUCGCAGGGGUUUUAUCUCUCAUUUAGACCGUGCAUUGGCGUACUGGCAAGCAAUGAGAACUUUCAAGGACGAUCGAGAACUUGAAGUAGGAGCAACUAUUUCUCUGGAGCUGUUGACCGCAAUCAAAGAAUCAUAUCUUGCCAUCAUUGUUCUGUCCCCAAAUUACGCUUCUUCCACUUGGUGCUUGAAUGAACUCUCAGAGAUUCUUGAAUGCAUAAAAGACACCAAGAGAAUUCUGCCAAUCUUUUAUGACGUGGAUCCUUCCGAUGUGCGAAACCAAAGGGGGAGUUUUGCGGAAGCUUUCACUAAGCACGAAGAAAGGUUUAGUGGAGAUGCAGAGAAGCUGAAUCGGUGGAGAGCCGCUUUAAGAAAAGUUGCCAAUCUCACUGGCUUAGAUUCAAAAACUUAUAAGUCAGAAGCAGAGCUUGUCGAUGACAUUGUCAAACGUGUGUGGAAGAAAGUGAAUCCUACAGUCACGUUGUUAGAUUCUCAAGAGAAGUUAGUCGGAAUUGAUUCUGCACUUGAUCAACUACGCUCGUAUUUAGCUCCCGAAGAAAAUGAUGUCCGCUUUAUAGGGAUAUGGGGGAUUGGCGGGGUAGGCAAAACAACCCUUGCUAACCUAGUUUAUGAGAAAAUUUCCCAUAAUUUCGAGCAUUGCUGUUUUCUAUAUAAUGUAAGAAAGAAGGAGCUUUCUGAUCUACAAAGACAACUUCUUUCCCCACUUUUGAAGGGAAAUCAUAUUUGGGAUGAAAGGGAGGGAACCGUUUUCAUUAAUAAAGUUUUAAGGAAUAAAAAGGUUCUUCUCGUACUUGAUGAUGUGGAUCAAUUACACCAACUAGAAGUACUGGCCAGAGAUAAAAUUUUGUUUGGUGUGGGGAGUAGAAUUAUCAUCACAACUAGAGAUAAACGUCUACUUGUUCAGCAUGGUACAACAACCUAUAAGGUCGAGGUCUUAAAGAAUGAUGAUGCUCUUGAGCUCUUUAGUCAACAUGCCUUUCAGAAAGAUCAGCCUGAGGAAGGUUUUCAAGAACUGUCUCAGCAUUUCCUAUAUUAUGCCAACGGCCUUCCAUUAGCUCUUAAAAUUUUGGGGCGUGCUUUGUAUGGGAGAGAUCAAGAUGCGUGGAAGAGUGCGUUGUAUAAUCUAAACAAAAUUCCUGAUCCAGAUAUUUUUGAUUCACUCAAAGUAAGUUAUUAUGGACUAAAAGAGAUGGAGAAGAAAAUUUUUCUGCAUGUUGCGUGUCUCCAUAGAUGGAGGGAUAAAGAUCAAGUAAUUGAAAUACUAGACUGUACCCUUGACAUUUCCAGUCAUAUUGAGAUAGAUAUUCUUAUGGAGAAAUCUCUCUUAACUAUUGAGAAACGCCACUUCCAUAGCCACAUUGUUGAGAUGCAUGAUUUGAUACAAGAAAUGGCAUCGAAAAUUGUUCGUGAAGAGUCUCCCGAGCCUGGUAAACGCAGUCUUUUGUGGCAUCACAGAGACAUUUCUCAUGUAUUCAUGAACAAUACGGGAACGGGAGCAAUUGAAGCCAUAGUCCUACGUCUGCCCAGAUUAGAAGCAGUGCCCUGGAAUUGUACUGAAGCCUUCAAUGAGAUGCACGGGUUAAGGCUCCUUCACUUUGAUAAUGUGAUGUUUUCUUCAGGCCCUAAAUUUCUUCCAAAUUCCUUAAGAAUUAUCCAGUGGAGUCGGUAUCCUUCCAAAUCGCUGCCAUCAAGUUUUGAACCACAUUUGCUUUCUAAACUAGAAAUGAGGAAUAGCAAACUUGUCCGGCUUUGGGAUGGAGCAAAGGAUUUUCCGAAUUUGAAAUAUAUGGAUCUUAGUUACUCUGAUAAAUUGACCAAUAUCCCAGAUUUCACACGCAUUCCAAAUCUUGAGAAAUUGAAUCUGAAUGGUUGUAAGAAAUUAGGUGAGGUUCACCCGUCUAUUGCAGUCCACAAAAAGCUAAAGUGGUUAGAAUUUUAUGGAUGUAAAAGUAUUAAGAGUCUCCCAAGUAAGUUGGAAAUGGAUUCUCUUGAAUGCUUUUCUCUUUCGGGCUGCUCAAAACUGAAAAAGAUUCCAGAAUUUGGGGAACAUAUCCAGAAAUUGAAAAAGAUUUAUAUACAUAGGACUGCUAUUGAGCAAAUACCUUCAUCAAUUGAGCAUCUGGUUGGCCUUCAUUAUCUAUGUAUAAGUGAAUGCAAAAGUCUCUUGGGUCUCCCUAGUGCGAUAUGUAAAUUGAAAUCUCUUACAAGACUGGCUAUGCCCAGAUGCUCAAAAGUUGACAAACUCCCAGGGGAGAUGGAGUGUUUAGAGGAGCUUGAUUUAAGUGGAAGUGCUAUGAGAGAGCCGCUUGUUGCUAUGAAAAAUCUCAAAAUUCUAUCCCUUAGUGGAUCAGUUGCUUCAAGCGAUGGCAUUGGGUGGGGCAUUGACCGCAUAUUUGGAAUUAGAAAGAAUCCUGACCGUGAGCGUUGGGGUUUGGUGUUGUCUUCUCUAAAUCGUUUAGGGUCUUUGACGGAAUUACAUCUGAGUGAUUGUAAUAUUGGUGAAGGAGCCAUUCCAGAUGAUAUCGGCUACUUGUCUUCUUUAAGAGAGUUGGAUCUUAGUGGAAACAAUUUCGUUAGCCUUCCCUCAAGCAUUAGAUUCCUUUCUAAGCUUCUGUAUCUUCGACUGCAGAGGUGCAAAGGGCUUCAGCAAUUGCCAGAUCUUCCAUCAUUUGGCGUAAAUGUGAACGACGGUACUUCCUUAAAAAUGUUGGCAGAUCCAUCAAAGAGACCCUAUUUACUGAUAUAUGUUGACGAUUGUACUUCCUUAAAAAGGCUGUCAGAUCCAUCAAAGUUGAGCGAAGGAGCCAAUGUGUAUGAUUUUGACUUCAGUUGUCUUAAUUGCUUCAGAUUGGUUGAAGAAGAAGGCUGGAUUAAUAGAAUGUUUGCAAUGAUAAUGAGAUUGGCUGCUGAGGGAAUCUAUCCAAUCUUUAAUGAUGCCUUUAUUGUAUGGCCUGCAAGUGAAAUUCCAGAGUGGUUCAGUAAUCAAAGUGUGGGAGAUUCAAUAACUGUGGAGUUGCCUCUACCUCCACCUCCACAAUCAUCAUGUAGCAGCGACUGGCUUGGGAUUGCUUUAUGUGUUGGUUUUGAAGAUUCUGAAUAUUUGGAAGAUCCAGGCUAUGAUUUUUUGGAAAUUCACCAUUCGCGGGGACAGCGCGAGAGUUUAAAAGUCGGGCAUCUUGGGUCACAACACCUUUGGGUUUCCUAUUUGCCUCUCUAUUGCCCCCGUCGCAGAAAAGCCUCAAGCAGUCAGCGGUUUUCAUUCGAAGGGCGUUAUGGUUCAAACGAAUAUUCAGGCAAAAAACUGAAAACAAGCUCGAUUAUAAAGAAAUGUGGAGCCCGUUUGGUGUACCAGAGAGAUUUGGAAGAAUUCAGCCAAAUACUGAAAAUCCCAAAGCCAGUAGCGACUGGAUUGAACCAAUGGAGUUUCUUUCCUCUCCAAUGUAAUAAAAAAAAAAAUUGCAAACAAACAUAAACCAGACCAAAGUCAGUCACUUCGGUAGGAAAAGAAAAAUGACACAUCCCCCAAACCACGGAAGCUUUCCUUGAAAUUUCCUUUUACUUUUUUGGUGGAAAACAUUCGUCCUUCCACUUUGUAAAACACUUUUUACAUUUUUCCUUUUUUUGUUUUUUGUUUUUUCACCUUGACCCUUAUCCUGAGUACUGGACGUGUUGAGCUCUUUCUUGGGGAGUUCCUCAUUUCUUCUUCGGUUUCUUGCCUUGACUUUUGAAUCUCUUUUCUGUGUAAAUUGUUUUGGCA